GCGUGGCUAAAAGAAAGAACUGUCACGGUGACAUUUCAAGGUGAAGCUCGGGAUCUUCCUCUGCGAAUCAGAGAAGACUUGGUGCGUGCUUAUGAAAACGGCUGGUACAAGGAAAGAAUGUUUGACCGAUCAGUCAAACGAGGAAGAAUCCACGGCGAAGGACCAAAUGUCCUGUCAUAUGCGGCCAAGUCAAGAGACGUAGCGCGGUGGAUGAUUGCCAAAGGUGGAGACAAGGUGGAGAUCCGCAGGAUCGAAUAUGGCAUGGCCUUUGAAGCAUGGAUAACGAAAGCCGAAUUGGAAGAACGGAGAAGAUUGGAGGAUGAAUCCAAGUUCUGGGUAACAGCCUUGAGAGUUCCGCAGCGAGUCAUGUUUCAUGUGGAGAGCAUGGUGGAGACUUCGAUGGGACGCAUAAUCAACUCCAUUCCGCCAAAGUCAGACAAGACAAGACCGAAGCUGAUGAACGUGAAAUUUGAGCUCGUACGAGAAGCCGAAGAACGGUUCGAAGAAGAGCUUCCUAUCAAACUGGACAACGGGGAGAUCUACUACAUCAAAUUCGCCUGCAAGAACACACCAUGGUGUGAGACUUGCAGAUGGUACUUCCACACGGCAACUGAAGGCUGCCCGAGAAUGGGAGAAACUCCGUCAGAACAGCAAACGGGUGGAAAUCCAAGAAUAGACAACGAGGGAAGAAGAAGAGGAGGGGAUCCGGUGAAUGAGCAAAAUAGGAAUAUUCAAGAGGCGCCCAGAGAUCUCCAACAGAGGAGAAAUUCUCAAUCUGAUGCAGGAUCCUCAGCACAAGGCAACCCAAGAACGGGAGGCGCUCAGCAACAACGAGUAGAAAGGCUGAACAACCAAGCGUGGAACAGCGCCACAGCCGCACUACCUUCAGCCCAUGCACAUCAAUAUGGAGGACGGGUGCAACACCCUCAGCUGCCGCUUCAAACGCCUGGACCACACCAAACGGAGGCGUAUCAAUUCCAAGCUUUGCUCCAGCUCUUGAAUCAAGACCCAAGGCUAAGUAGUUUACUGCCGUUGGCAAAUGCAGCUACCGUACCAAUGUCGUCAUUCCCGAUGGCGCCGUAUCCUUACAGUGGAUAUCAACUUCCCAACCCAGCAUUGGGGCCCUACGGCAGCAAUCCAAGUGCAAUGCAAGGGGGCACGGCAAUAGGAGGACGGUGAGCUUUCGUUCCCUAUCAAGGACAAUA